ACCACACUAAACCAUUUCUAACUGGUAACUCGAUCAACGCUCCUCCUUUCGCACGCGUUGUAGAAGAAGGCUAAUCCAGAGUCUAAUCCUCUACUUCAGGACAAAAUCACCUGCUUAAAUCCAACUCAAGAGAAGUUUCCUGCCCACAUCUGCCAUCUCCCCUACUGAAACAAACCCGCAAGACAAGGAAAGUAUCAUCCAGUCCACUGUACUACCACACCUUGUCGAUCAAUCAACUUUUGGGCGAUUUGUAGCGGGAGGAGGAGAUGGAGGAUAGGAAGGAGGAGGAGGAGUGGAGCAGUGAGAGCGGAGACUUCACAUCGGAGGAUGAAGGAAUCGAAGAUUACCGGCGCGGCGGAUAUCACGCUGUCCGCAUCGGAGACACCUUCAGAAACGGCCGUUAUGUUGUCCAGACCAAGCUAGGGUGGGGACAUUUCUCCACCGUCUGGCUUGCUUGGGAUACACAAUCCUCUAGGUAUGUUGCUCUGAAAGUACAAAAGAGUGCUCAGCACUACACUGAGGCUGCAAUGGAUGAGAUAACCAUCCUACAACAAAUUGCAGAGGGUGACCCAGAUGAUAAGAAAUGUGUUGUGAAGCUUUUGGAUCAUUUUAAACAUUCUGGUCCAAAUGGGCAGCACGUUUGUAUGGUUUUUGAAUACUUGGGCGAUAAUCUUUUGACACUCAUCAAGUACAGUGAUUACUGCGGCAUCCCCAUUCAUAUGGUUAAGGAGAUAUGCUUCCAUGUUUUGGUGGGUCUAGACUACUUGCAUAGACAACUUUCUAUCAUACACACUGAUUUAAAGCCAGAAAACAUUUUGCUAUUGUCGAUGAUAGAUCCAUCUAAGGACCCUAGAAAGUCAGGUGCCCCUCUAAUUCUUCCAAAUAGCAAGGAUAAGACCGUAGACAUUAAGGUUUCAAAUGGGGAUUUAACUAGGAAUCAGAAGAAAAAGAUCCGAAGAAAGGCUAAACUAGCAGCUCAAGGGUGUGUGGAGAAGGAAGCUUCUGCUGAAGAUGGUGCAGGCCAUGAAACAUCUAAUGCAGUAGGAUCAUCAACUAACGAGAAAGCUAAUGAAGGAUCAGUUGAAACCCAUCCUUCUACUUCUGUCACUGCAAAUAGAUCAUCAGAUACUGAUGGAGCAAAGGGUGUGGGGCAAGAAAAUCAAAAUACAAAGAGGGGGAGCCGGUCCAAUAGGAAGAAGCUGUUGGGUUCUGUUGAUCUCAAGUGCAAAUUGGUUGACUUUGGUAAUGCAUGUUGGACAUACAAACAAUUUACAAAUGAUAUUCAGACAAGACAGUACAGGUGUCCAGAGGUGAUUCUUGGAUCUAAAUAUUCUACAUCAGCUGAUCUAUGGUCAUUUGCUUGCAUAUGUUUUGAGCUUGCUACGGGGGAUGUACUUUUUGAUCCCCACAGUGGCGACAACUUUGAUAGGGAUGAGGACCACUUGGCUUUAAUGAUGGAGCUUCUUGGGAUGAUGCCUCGAAAGAUUGCUUUAGGUGGCCGAUACUCCCGAGAUUUUUUUAAUCGAUAUGGUGAUCUCAGGCACAUUCGACGAUUGCGUUUCUGGCCCCUGAACAAGGUUCUCAUUGAGAAGUAUGAGUUCAGCGAGCAAGAUGCAAAUGACAUGACUGACUUCCUUGUCCCUAUACUUGAUUUUGUCCCUGAGAAACGGCCUACUGCUGCUCAGUGUCUUGCUCAUCCAUGGCUAAAUGCUGGUCCCUGCCUUUUGGGGCCAUCUUUGUCUUCUCAAGACCAAGCUAGUACCAGUUCUGAGAAAAAGAAGAGGGAGAAGGAUGAGAGGGAGGCAAUGGAAGUUGGAAUGGGGAAUAUCGCUAUCAAUACAGAUUCUAAACCAGUCAAAGAUUCAAACUCUGGCUCUAAACCAGAUUCUAAAUCAUUCAUUGCAGGUGCAGCCACUGGGAGUUCUUCUAGGUAGGAUUCUCUGCUGCUUCACUUUGGCAGUGAAGUUCUCCAGUGGAUUUUGGUGUUCUCGUGGGACAUAAACAUGAACAUUCCUGCCAAUGUUUCAACUUUGGAAUCUCUAUUUCGGAUGGAAGAUAGGAGGAAUAGCAUUUGUUUUCUAAGCCACAAACCAACUUGAUUGGAACAGAGAUGGGCCCAACAGGAUAGAUGGUGAGGCGAAAGGGAGAAUCCAACUUUAAACCAGAGGUACAUUGAAGUGUACAACUUUCUAAUGUACCAAACUGGCCAAACCAAACCGGCCUUUUUCACAAAAAAAAAAAAAAAAAAUCUCUCUUGUUUGUGGACAUUGUUAUUGUUUAAUGAGAUUCACUGUACUGCCUGCCAUUCGUGAUACCGAAACUAUUGAUACUAAUGCAUGUCUUUGUGAAUCAUGUUGCUAAUGCAUCUUUUCUUCCUUGCCGGCCAA